CCACCUUUUACACUUUUUUUGGGUUCUUCUCUUCUUUUUCUCUGAGAGGGGAGACGUGUUUCGCGGAAACCACCGAGAUAAGAAUACGCCGCUGCAGCGGCGUGCGGAAAAGUUACCGGAAGAUUUAUUCGCCAUUAUCCGAGUUUCAACUAUCUCCUUCCCUGUAUUCCUCUAGGGUUUGAACCGAUCCCCUUCCACGACAUCUAAAUCCGUGACCACUCUCCCUCUUCGACUAGAUCGGGGAAGCGAAGUGGGAGGAUGGGGAAGGACUGCAGGUCGGCGUCGCACCAGAUGUUCAAGGACAAGGCGAAGAACCGCGUCGAUGACCUGCAAGGGAUGUUCUCCGAUCUCCAAUCCGCUCGCCGAGAGAGCCGCGUCGGCGACGUCGCUGUGCUCGAGGAGCAGGUCAACCUGAUGCUGCGCGAGUGGAAGGCCGAGCUCAAUGAAGCCUCACCUGCUAACUCCCUUCUCGGAUACAGCCGGGUCUCAUCCGAUCUUUCAUCGGAGAUCCGCCGCUUGCUGCAGCUUGGCGAGGAGGAGGAUGAUGCUACGAGCAAGUUUGCGGAGCUGCCACCGACUAACUUGAAGCCAGAGCCCGUGGAUACGCCUGAGGCUUUUGUAGGCAGUGGUCAGGGUGCACGAUCUGCCGCGUUUCAGGAGGAACUGCUACAAAAUGAAUUUGUAACCGCUAAUCAAUAUAGAGUCAACCUCACCAUAGAUACGGCCGAUGCUGUAUCCAAUUGCCAAGUGGCCUCUGCUGUUGACUACCCGCAAUUUAAUCUGAAUCAAGACAUGCAGAAUAAUCAGUAUAUUGAUGCAGUUACUCUUUUGCCACAUUUUCAAGAAAUGCUACCUAUGAUAUGUCCACCUCCUGCAGCUUUUUUAAGGCAAAAAUGUGCGCUUUGGGAUUGUCCCCGGCCCACUCAAGGAUCAGAAUGGUGUCAGGACUACUGCAGCAGCUUCCAUGCAACAUUGGCUUUUAACGAAGGCCUUCUUGGCAUGAUUCCGGUGCUGCGUCCCGGAGGCAUUGAUCUGAAGGAUGGUCCUCUUUUUGCUUCACUCGCAGCGAAGGCUCAAGGCAAGGAUGUUGGUAUACCGCAAUGUGAAGGGGCUGCUACAAUAAAGUCUCCUUGGAAUGCUCCUGAGUUAUUCGAUCUUUCCGUUCUCGAGGGUGAAUCGUUGAGAGAAUGGCUCUUCUUUGACAAGCCCAGAAGAGCUUUCGAAAGCGGGAACAGAAAGCAGCGGUCAUUGCCAGACUACAGCGGUCGUGGUUGGCAUGAAUCCAGGAAGCAGGUGAUGGAAGAAUUUGGAGGUUUGAAGAGAUCCUAUUACAUGGAUCCACAACCUUCUAACCAUUUCGAGUGGCAUCUUUUCGAGUACGAGAUAAGCAACAGCGACGUGUGCGCCCUAUACAGACUCGAGUUUAAGCUCACCGAUCACAAGAAGAGCAGCAGGGCGAAGCCUAAUGUCGAUUUGCUCGUCGACCUGCAGCAGCAAAUGGGCAAGCUCAGCGCCAAAAAUUGCUCGGACAAGAAACGGCAUGGCAAGGGACGGGCGAAAGCGAACCACGAUAACACUGAAUGUGCUCAAAACGAGCUAAUUCCUACCAUAAAUGGGAGUCCUAUCUAUGGACCUCAUCUCCCAUAUGCUUAUUCAAUGGAGGGCUUUAAUCAUGAUAACUACUAUGGGUCUAAUUUGAAAUAGGGGCGAACUUUGGAGAUGACUGAUUUUGCUUCAGGUUCGGCUCAAAAUCUUUUAUGAGGCAUAUAUUUUUGUCAUGUAUGUUACUCUUAACACCAUAGUUAAUACCCUUAGCUCCAAAAUGGCCUUCUGUUUUUUGAUUUGUGCUGUGUGGGGGCGGUGUCGUUGGCUUUAUUGUGGUGGGAGUAGCAUUGGUUAUUUUAUUAGUGUUGGUAUGAAUCAAACAUUUCAAAUGAUUAGUCGUGUACAGUAUUGUUAGUAUGGUGUAAUGUGUACCCAUCCCUUGCACAAUAUGUGAACGCUCUAUGUUUAUGUUUUGUUUUUUGCCAUUGUAUAUUUUGUAUGAUGAAUGUCACUAACUUGGUUGAG